AUUUAAUGUAAGGUCUUAAGUUAAAGUCUUAGAUAGGAUUGAUCUUAAGAAAAGACUUUGAUGCUAUGCCAUUAAUAAAAUAGUUGAUGGAUUAAUCAUUGAAUUAACCUCUAUUACUAUUAAAUGAUGAAGAAUAAAUGUGGACUUAAAUUGCGAGAGCAAUAGAGAAUCUAAAUCAAAAGAGCGUUAAAAAGUUAAAAUAAAUAGAAGAGAGAGCAGCAAAGAUAGCAGGUUAAGUAGUAGAAGAGUAAGGAGAAGAUGAUUAAACAGAAGAGUAGUAGGAAUAAUAAUAAGUGUAAGAUGAAAAUGAAGAUGGGGUUGAGUAAGAUGAAUAAUAGGAAUAUAAUGAAGGAGAUGGAAAUGAAGAAGAAGGAGAAGAAUAAGAAAUAGAAUAAGAAUAUGAUGAAGAAGGAGGAAACUUUAGAUUUGAGAAGAAGUAGAAAUAAAAAGAUGAUUUUGAUGAGUUUGAGAAAUAUAUGUAAGAUUAUGAUGAUGGAAAGAUGGGUAAAAUAGAUUUAGAUGAGGAAGAGAAUGAAGGAGAAGAAGAAGAUGAAUAAAAUGAAUAAUUAAAUGAAGAAGCAAACAAUGAUGGGUAAGGAAUUAAUUAGAUAUAAUUAUAGGGAGGAUUCUGUAUUUGAUGAUAUGAGAGAGGAGGAAUUAGAGUAGGAAAAUAAUGAAGUAGGUGAAGAUGAAGAUGAGGAAAUAAAAAAUUUAGAAGAAUAGAGAUUGAAAAAAAAGGAUUGGUAAUUAGUAGGUGAAGUAUAGGGUAGAUAAAGACCAUUAAAUUCAUUAAUUGAUUAGGAUUUAGAUUUUGAUGUGAAUAGAAAAAUAUUAGAAGAGACAACUCCAGAGUAAUAAAAUAAAUUAAUAGAAAUGAUAAAGUAAAUUAAUUAAUCGAUUAUAUAAUAGAAAGAGAGUUUAAGAUGAACUUUUUGAUGACAGAUAGAAAGUUUAGAUAAAUUUGAAUACUCUUGAGAAACCAAUUGAUUAAGUAGAUACAAACAAAUCAUAAUUUGGUUUAGCUGAAUUAUAUGAAAGAUAAUUUAAAUAAGCUUUAGGAUUACCUACAAAUACUAGUGAAUAGAAAUUAAAAUAAGAAUUAUUCGAAUAGUUUAGAGAAUUAUGCUAUAAAUUAGAUUCUUUAACUAAUUUGAAUUUCGAACCAAGAGGAUAUGUAAAAUAGGCAGAAGUUUAGGUUUUGGAUAAUAAUGUAGUAUAAAGAGAAGAGAAAGUGCCAAUAACAGGAAGAGGAGAAUAAAUGGAAGAUGUAGAGAAAAUAAAAAAGACAGGAUUUUUAUCAAAAGAGGAAGCUGAUCAUUAAUUAAAUAAGAAAAGUAGGAGAAUGGCUAAAUAGAGAAAAAGAAAUAGAGAGAGAGAAAAGAAAAGAAGUGGAUUAGUUAAGAAGUUAGAAAGUAGAGGAGAAACUAAGUUUAUGUACAAUCAACAUUAAUAAGGAAAGAAAUAGAUGAGUUUUAUUAAAUAAUAAAAAAAUAAGGAGAGUGUUAAAUUUGAUAAGACUAGCACAUUUUUUAAGAAUUUAUAAGAAAGUGGUGUUAAUAAAUAAGGAGGAGAGAAUAAAAAUAAGAAAAAAGGAGAUAGAUCAGAAGGAGAUAUAAAAAUUAAGUCGAAAUAAAUAAAAAAACAAUGA